AUGCCCAAAGAUUUUGAGAUGGGUACACUGGUCAACUAUAUAUGGCAAGGUAUAUCAUCUUGUGUAGUCAACGCGGACAUAGUGCAAGACAUAUUCGAAGGGGAGCUGUAUGGCCUACUCGCCUAUCAACUAAUGAGGAUGUCGCUUCCCUUGGGGAUUCCCGCUCAUCUGAAAAGACAUAUCAUUAUCGAAUUCUCUAAUGACGAUGGUUACUGGGAGAGCGAUAUGCGACUAGUUGAACAAUGGACGCAGGAGUUUCCCCAAGCCCACGAUCAGUACGGACGAUUUGUGCCAGUGUACCUGGAGAAAAUCUAUUCAAUACUCCACCAACCAUUCCAGGAUGACCAGCCAGAAUACUACUUCCCGAGCGACUUAUCACUUUUGGAUCGCCAGGAAGAGUAUUGCUUGGAAUUGUUGUUCUUACACCCUUGCGGAGCUGCCAGCACGACCGAAUACACAACCACCGCAAAACGCGGGAAAAGCGGCCAUGAACAAGAUACAGAAUUAUCCUUGGAUUCAAGCUCACGACAUAUCUCGCCUGACGAAUUUGGGCCAGGGCCAAUCAUCGAGGAGGAAGAAGAUACUUCAAACGCUGAUGAAAAAGUAGCAUCUAUUGCUGAGAAAGAGGUCGAGGAUUUACAGUUGUUCAUGGACUUUCUGUCACUUUAG